CCGAGGAUGGAGUAUGGGAGUGCGCAGGUGCCGUUGGGGAGGUUCCCAUUCCGGUCGAGCUCGAGCGUGAGGCCUGGCAUUCGGCUGCCACACAAGCCACCCCCGCGUCCCUAACCUCGAAAAGGCAAAAAACGUACGAAGGGACCAGACCAAAGAUUUUCAUGAGCUCGUCGUGUCCAUUUUGCAGCAUUUGUGAGAGCAGCGUGGUGGGUUCUGACUUACGAGAUGUCAAGAACGCCUUUGUCUUGCUGUCAACCAGGCACUGUGUUGCUUUCCUCGAUAUCCAGCCUAUGACACUUGGACAUACUCUGGUCGUUCCACGGGAGCAUUGCAUGCGAUUAACUGAUCUUUCAUCGGAAUCUGCUGCUGAAGUAGGGCGGGUAAUGCCUUUACUUGCACGAACCGUCUGCGCAGCGGUGGGCGAACAAGGAGGAGGCAAAGUCACGGACUUCAACUGCAUUCAAAACAACGGUGGGCGAAGAGCCAUCUCUAUCUACAAUUCAACUCAUGCUGUUGGUAUUCGUUUAGGCCCGUCGGCAGGACAGGUUGUUGACCACGUUCACUUUCAUUUGAUACCCCGAGGAGAUGCGCUUGCGAAAUGGAACAUGUUCGGUAAGGGUCAGCGAGAAGACAUAGAUGAUGAAGAGGGCGCCGCGCUGGCAGCAAGGGUACGGUCAUAUAUUGCAGAGGAUGCAGAAGCACGCUCGGCCAAGCUAUAGAUCAAGAUGGCUGCAUUCGGCGAGAUUGAAUUCAAUCUGCUUCCCUAGCCUAACGAAGUCGUGCUUCCAUGAAUCCCAUCGGUGUCGACGUUGAAGGGACCAGAGGCAUUUCCCUAAUGACAACAGAAGAUGCAGC